UUUUAACUAACUUACCAUUAGUUUGGACCAAUUGUGUAAUGUAACUUUAUUAGUUACCAUUAGUUCAAACUUAACACUGAUAUAUCUAACUUUAACUGGUUACAACAACUGAACUUUAUUGACAACUAUUUGGUGGGAAAAUAUAUCAAUACACAUUUUGUUCAAAUCUCAAGUUGUCUAAUUCCAAUCAAAUCAACUUACACUAUUUACACAUGCCUGGUACUAUAUCCUUUGUUUAUUACUAACAUCAUAAUCUACUCUUCACAUUUUACAACCAUUCGUUCCCUCUCUCAAACACUGUUCUGAAGAUGGAAACACCUAUUCAUCAAGUCCUGAACAUGGAAAGACCUAAAGAGUUCAUUGCUGCUGUCACAGAUAAAAAAGAUUUGUGGAAGCUGUCAGUUCGAGUCAAAGAUAAAUGGACAGCAGUGAAGGAUGGAAAAGAACAUUUGGAAUUGCUGAUUGUUGAUGCUAAGGGCCAUGAUAUUCAACUACUCAUUCCAACUGCAUACAAAUCUGUUUAUGACAAAACACUUGAAGUUAAUUCUACAUAUACCUUAACUAACUUUCAAGUGCUCAAGAAUGAUGUGUUGUUUAAAGUUUCUGAUCAUAAGUACAAGUUAAUAUGGACUGGUGGAACAACUGCUGUUGAUGUCAACCUCAAUGACAUCCCUAAUACGCACAUCAAGUAUAAGCCUUUUGCUGAAAUAGUUUUCGGAAAAUGGCGACCUGACCUAUUAUUUAGUAAGUUCACUCACCAAAGUUAUAUUCAUGACUCACAUUUUUUUUGCCUUUUUGUGUUUCCUUACGUAACUUUGGUUUGUCUUUUUUUUUUUUUUGUAGAUGUCAUUGGAGUUGUUCAGGACAUGGGUUACUGUCAACUAAAUGAAGGGAAAAAGCUUCAAGUCAAUUUCACUAUGAAAGAUAUAAGUGAUAUUGUUCUGAACUGUACUCUGUGGGAGGAGUAUGCUGCAAAGUUUGUUCAAUAUAACAGUGAUAGGAAAGAGGCUGGUCCAGUCAUUGUUCUGCUGAAGUAUUGCAAAAUCAAGGAAGAAGGUUUCAAUAGUUUACUGGAUUUUUCGUGUUUCUUUAACUAUCUUUUUAGAGGGCAAAACCGAAAGUGUCCUAUAUUACAUGGGGUAGAGCCCUAUUAA